AUGAACCUCUUCACGGUGGCCUUCUUAUUCCUCGCUACCGCCUUGGUUGCUUUAGCGAAACCCAUUGCCUCCAACUGUCCCGCCACCCCGGAUCUCCCUGUUGAGGACCUCCCUAGCGUCACCGCCCUUCACGAUCCCUUCACCUUCCUCAACGGUCAGAAGGUCGUGACCAAGGAUGAUUGGGCCUGUCGCCGCGAAGAAAUCCUUGACCUUGUGCAGAAGUACGAAUUUGGAACGCUGCCCCCCAAAGCAACCAUACUAUCCGCGGUUGUGGAUUGGUAUAAUUUUUCACGCGCCGUCGACAUCACGGUCGGCCACGAGGGCAAAGAGUUCAACUUCACAUCUUUCUUUACCCUACCCAUUGAGCCAACCGUCGAGGCCCAUACCCAUUACUCCUCUCCACUGCCUCCGAUGCCUCCCCAUUCGGCCUCAACCUCGACAACAACAUCGUUCACGCCUACAUCGAUUACCGCGGUUCACGCUUCCGCGACAAGUUUGCGGAGGUUUAUGGUAGAGAUCACGGCGUGUCCGAGGCCGGCCAACGCGCCUGGGCUGCUAGCCUCGUUAUCGACGCGCUACAGCUCUUACCGAUGGAAGAGGUCCCGGUCGACCUCACCCGCCUUGGUAUCGGCGGAUGUAGCUGGUACGAGAGCAUCCGAGUUUUACAUUCGAUAG